UCACUACCUUCGGAAAAAUCUCAAGUGCGGCAAAACUCCAAAUCCCUCUCAGAAACCCCAAACCCCAAAACGAUGUCGUCUGAGAAGAAGAUCAUAACCCUGAAGAGCUCCGACAACGAGACCUUCGAGGUCGACGAGGCGGUGGCUCUGGAGUCGCAGACCAUCAAGCACAUGGUGGAGGACGGCUGCGCCGACAAUGCGAUUCCGCUCCCCAAUGUCACCGGAUCUAUUCUGGCCAAGGUGAUCGAGUAUUGUAGGAAGCACGUGGAGGAGGGCGGCAAGGACGCCGAGAAGGACAAGUCCACCGACUCGCCGUUGAAGGCUUUUGAUGCUGAGUUCAUCAAGGUUGACCAGAAUGUUCUGUUCGACCUCAUCUUGGCUGCCAACUAUCUCAACAUCAAGGGCCUUCUGGAUCUGACAUGCCAGACUGUUGCUGACAUGAUUAAGGGGAAGACUCCUGAGGAGAUCCGCAAGACUUUUAACAUUAAGAAUGACUUCACCCCUGAAGAAGAAGAGGAGGUUCGUAGGGAGAACCAGUGGGCAUUUGAGUGAAGUCAAGGGCUUUCUUCUCAAUGUUGAUAUUUAUGAUCAGACCGUGGUAGGAAUGUUGAUAUAGCUAAUGACCGUUCAUUUUGUCCCUAUAGGGGUUUAGAGGUUGCUUUUGUCUUGAUUGGAAUGGCAUUUUAUUUUGUUAGGUUGCUUCAACUCUAAGAUGUGCAAACCUCUUACUAUCUAAAUCUGUUGCGGACUUAGUUAUAUUUGUCUCA